CAGCUGUUGGAGCUGAAUGGCUGCUGUUCUUCCAGUUUGUGGGGGUUUUACUUAGUUGUUUUUUCUUCCAAACUUGAAAUUCAGACUUACUUAAGUCUUUACUGAGUGCUAAAACACGACCAGUGCAGCUGCAUGAUCUUAAACAGCUAAAUAUUCCUUGCCCCAACAAUGAUACUUUAUUAUCUGUAUCUUAAGCAAGGGUACAGAAAUAUGUUCAGAGUUGUGAAGCUAGACAGGCUUAGAGUUUGUACUGAUUAAAAACUUUUCACAGUUAAUCGUUUGGGGGUUCUUUUUGAAAUAAAACUUUUGCUGAAAGAGUAGUACGGAGCUGACCAGCGUAACAGGUAAACAGACAUUUGUUUCUGUUGAGAGUUUAUAAUUUCACAUAAAGCAGGAGGCAAUUUGAGAUAAUUUGAGACCAAAAAAAAACCCUUUAAAACAAACUCACAGCUGCUUAGCAAAACCAGAAGUGACAUUAAGCAAUCUGGAAGUUAAGUAAUCAGGAAAUGCUCCUUUUUCUUUCGUAUGGCUUUUAUGUCCCACCACACUCCCCAUUUCCUCAUCCUUAAAGAUAACUUAUUCAUGGCACACCUAUUAUCCUUUGUAGGAAGUUCUUCUUGUCUUGGAAUUAAUGAGAAUGCAUUUCCUCUGAGUAAAUAAUUUGGUAUCUCCUCCCAUAAUUACACCCACAUUGAGUAGGAACAUUGGCAUUAGGCAUACAUAUAUUAUAGGAACUAGUUAAUUCAUUUGACAAGUCUACAGGCAUUAAUAACAACUGCUGUACCUCUCCUCUCAAAUUUCAGCUGACAGCACAAAAAGAUUGCUGGUUGUUGGUCUUUUGGGUUUUUUUAUGAUUAACGUGACUUGGACAUCCUUGAAGAACAAAGUAGAAGUUGUAUGCAAUUCUCAUAAGCUAAGGGAAUGGCAGACCUGACACCAACACAUAUCAGCUGGCAGCCAUCAAUAAAUGCAAGUGCACACCGUACUGACAGAUACGCCAACACUGAGUUGACUGUGAGGCGAGGACAAGCCUUCACUAUUACUCUGUACUUCAACAGACCAAAGCAGAAAGGAGAGAGCCUAACAUUUGUCACUGAAAUCGGACCAUCCCCCUCGGAAUCUCAGCGUACAAAGGCUGUAUUUAACCUCUCUGAGGUGGGAGCGAAUGGCUGGAGUGCUGUUCAAGGACCCAGUGAGGCUGGUUAUAUGAACUUUACAAUAUCCAGCCCAGCCAAUGCUGUCAUUGGACGAUACAAUCUGAUCCUCCAUGUAACCUCAGGGAACAAGAUCUUCUCCAGAUUUCUGGGGCAGUUUGUGUUACUCUUCAACCCUUGGUGCCCAGGUGAUGAUGUCUACAUGGAUAAUGAAAAUGAGAGACAAGAAUAUGUCCUAAAUGAAAAUGGAAUAAUCUUUGUGGGUAAUGCAAAGUACAUAGAAGCAAGAGGAUGGUACUACGGGCAGUUUCAAGAUCACCUUCUGAACAUCUGUCUCACCAUGCUUGAUCUGAGCCUGUACUAUCGUCAGGACCCAGCCAUUGAUGUAUCCCGAAGAGGAGACCCUAAAUAUGUAGGCCGAGUAAUCAGUUCUAUGAUCAAUGGAAAUGAUAAUGAUAAUGGAGUUCUCCUGGGAAAGUGGCAAGGAAGUUUCCAUUCAGAUGAGAAUCCAUCCAGAUGGGAUGGUAGUGUGGUAAUCCUCCAGAAAUGGCGUCAGGACAACUACAAGCCUGUUCAGUAUGGCCAGUGCUGGGUUUUUGCAGGCGUCAUGUGUACAGUUCUAAGGUGCCUGGGGAUUCCUACUCGUUUGGUUUCAAAUUUUAACUCUGCCCAUGAUGUGGACAGAAACCUGAGUAUUGAUAAGUACUAUGACAGCUCUGGAAAGAGUCUUAAUAUCGGCAAGGACUCCACAUGGGAUUAUCAUGUCUGGAAUGAAAGCUGGUUCAUUCGCCCAGACCUAGGAACAUCAUACAAUGGGUGGCAGGUUUUGGAUGCGACUCCACAAGAACAAAGUAAAGGAUUAUUUCAGUGUGGUCCUGCAUCUGUGAGAGCCAUCAAAGAAGGUGAUGUAGACUUGGAUUAUGACACAUUAUUUGUUUAUACGGAGGUGAAUGCUGAUUGCAACAGAUGGAUUGUAUACAAUGAUGGAACUAAGAAAAGAGUUUAUUGUGAUACCGAAAUAAUUGGCAGGUUUAUCAGCACCAAAGCUGUGGGCAGCAACUCCCGUGUGGAUGUCACCUAUAGUUACAAAUAUCCAGAAGGUUCUCCUGAGGAAAGACGAAUUUAUAAAAAGGCCUUGGCCAAGAUAUUUGGGCCAAACAUCACAGAAGGACACAGAGAAUCUCCAGAUGAAAGGCCCUCAGAGAAUAUUAGAAACCCUGGGAUCUCUGGGAAAUUCAAGCUGGCUGAACCUCCAGUAUUUGGCAAAGACAUUACCCUGAUCUUAAUUCUCAGUAACCUAUCUUUUGACCCCAAGACUGUGAAGGUGGACAUGAAUGCGUCAGCCAUCCUGUACACAAGGAGAGCAGUGGCAGAGAUCCUGAAGGCAACCACUUCUGUGGAUCUUGGUUCUAAACAAGGGAAACAUAUCCGAUUAAAGAUCCCUUAUUCUUAUUAUGGAAAAUACCUGACUACCGACAAAAGGAUCCAAGUUACUGCUUUGUGUGAAGUCAUCCACAUGCAUGGGGUAAAGUUGCUGGUGGAGAAGACAAUCAUUUUAGAGGACACAAACAUUAUCAUUAAGAUUCCUCGGCGGGUUGUAGUGAACAAAGCUGUUUCUCUAGAGAUCUCAUACGCCAAUCCCCUUCCUGAACCUGUGAACCGCUGUGUACUGCUAGUGACUUUGAUGAAUCAACAGGUCAAGAUACAUCUGGCACCACUGGCACCAAGAGAGAGAUCAAAAAUUUAUUUUGAAUUCACACCUCGCAGGACUGGGCCCUUACAGCUGCAAGUAGACUUCUCUUGUGACAAAUUUUCACAUGUCAAGGGAUUUGUAACCAUUGCAGUAGCAUCUGCAUAAUGCAGUGGAAUCAAUCUCCUGUUUCAGCAUUAACCUGGCAAGACAUCUUCCUCUAUACAGGGACAGUAAUGACAGCAAGGAACUUACCACAAAAGUUGGUGACCUCUUACACUGCAAUAGAAUCAAGUCUCCUGCUUUCACAGUGAUUAAUUCUGUAGUCUGUAAUUGUUUGGGGUUUGUUGGUUUGUUUUUUUGUCCUCUUGUCUAGAAAAUUGAAGUCCCUUUCUGUAGAAAUAGUCCCACUGUUUUAUCAAAUGUCAUUGUGUUAGGCUCCUUGUUUUGACUUUUCCAUCAGAUUAUUAAUACAGUCUGUUUUCAAGCACAUUCUAAUUGUCAGCAAUAAAUAAAUCUAUUCCUAGAACCGUAUUCUUUUGUAAUGAAUUGUAUAUUCCAUGGAAAUAUUAUGAGAAAUCACAAGAUUGAGGAUGAUGCUUUUCCCUUCAUUUCUCAAGCUUCUUACCUAAAGAAGUAGAAAAUCUAAUUUCU